AUGAACCUCGCACAGCCAUCGCGUCCCUCGCCCGCCGUCAUUCCGGCCUGCUCCUCGCCGUCACCGGUCGCAUCGCCUUCGAUAGCCAGCCUACGAACAAGACUCCUCGCCGCCGCCGACCAAGCAAAGCGCAAAGUCCAGCAGCUCACCACCAUGUCGCCCUCGCUGUCGCACGACGCCGCACACCUGCACGACGACCCCACAAUCAAGCACCCGGGCAACGUCUACAUCAACGUCCAGGGCGCAUUCAUAGUCGACGACGAGCCGCGCACUCCCGAGUCGCCCGAGAGCGACUACGAGCAUGAGCACGGCUCCAAGGACAUCCGCCUGCCCAACCACACUGCUGUCGUCAGCCACAUCGCAGUCGACAUUGGCGGAUCGCUGGCCAAGCUGGUCUACUUUUCGCGCGAUCCCACGUCCAAGGAACUGGGCGGCCGCUUGAACUUUCUGAAAUUCGAGACCGCCCGCAUCGACGAAUGUAUUGACUUCCUGCGCAAGCUGAAGCUCAAGUAUGAAAUCAUCAAUGGCUCGCGACCCUCGGAUCUCUGCGUCAUGGCCACCGGCGGAGGCGCCUUCAAGUACUAUGACCAGAUCAAGGGCGCUCUGGAGGUAGAGGUGGUGAGAGAAGACGAGAUGGAGUGCCUCAUCAUAGGUCUCGAUUUCUUUAUCACCGAAAUUCCCCACGAGGUCUUCACCUACAGCCAAGAGGAGCCAAUGCGCUUCAUCGCAGCCCGCCCCAACAUAUACCCCUACUUGCUGGUCAACAUCGGCUCCGGCGUGUCAAUGGUCAAGGUGUCCGGCCCGCGACAGUACGAGCGUGUAGGAGGCACUUCGCUGGGCGGUGGAACGCUCUGGGGCCUGCUUUCCUUGCUCACCGGCGCGCGGACGUUCGAGGACAUGCUCAGACUUGCUGAGCAAGGAGACAACACUGCAGUCGACAUGCUCGUCGGAGAUAUCUACGGCACCGACUACGGUAAGAUUGGUCUCAAGAGCACCACGAUCGCCAGCAGCUUCGGCAAGGUCUAUAAGAUGAAGCGCCAGGCCGAGCAGGAGGCGGAAGACACCGGUAAUCUCAAGGAGUCUUCGUACGAGUAUGGGAGGACGUUCAGGCCAGAAGACGUCAGCAAGAGUCUCCUGUACGCUGUCAGCAACAAUAUCGGUCAGAUCGCCUACCUUCAUGCUGAAAAGCACAACCUAGAGCACAUCUACUUCGGCGGAUCAUUCAUCGGCGGUCACCCGCAAACCAUGCACACCCUGUCCUACGCCAUCAAGUUCUGGUCCAAGGGGGAAAAGCAAGCUUACUUCCUAAGACACGAAGGUUACCUCGGCUCCGUUGGCGCCUUCCUCAAGAGGCAGCCCCGCAAUUGGGGUCGGAGAAACAGCAUCGACGGCAGACCCGGGACGGCAUCGUCCAUGUCAGAAGACUCGAAGCGUUGA